ACAUAACCUUACUAACUUUAACUGAAUUUAAUUUUUUUUAAUGAAAUAAAUAUUAUUAUUAUUUAUUUUGAUGUCAUGAAAUGUCUAAAAUGUCUCGUAUUUGGAUAGUUAUUAUUUGCGUGUUUAUUUAAUUUAAUAUUUUUAGUCGUUCGAAAUAAAAUAUUUAAAUUGCUUGAAAAAAGGAUUAUGAACGUAUUUCCUUAUACAUGAAAACAAUUAUCAAAUAAACAACUAAUUGAAACUCAAGAGAUGAGUUUGAAAAUUGGCGACGCAGAUUCUGUUCUAUGGAGGUAAUUAUUAUCGUGGUACCCUCAUAGCGACAUUUCUCACAAUCAGCACUCGCGCGUUCUGAUACACAAGGUCGCGGCACUGCUUGGUGCAUGUUUGGUUUGCAAUUAGUCAGCGCACGCACCGGCUAUGAUAAUUUCAGCGGCCGCAGUGUGUGGCUGACUAUGUGUGUUCUUAAAUGGCAUUCCGGGUGUCGUCACGCGAGCCACACAAAACAAACAAAAUGCUCCAGUGGUGCGUCGUUGACGAGCAGUGAAGCGCUGCAAUUAAACGCCGAAGCGCGCAUUUGCAAAUUUAACCAUAACAUGCGGAGUGAUCGCAGCCCCCCCGACUAAUUUGCCCGCGGUUUAGUCUCACGUGCUUUUCGGUUCGCCACUUUUCAUUUUCACUUUCCGGCUCCUCCGAGCGCACUGCUCGGCCGAAUGACCUCUUUAUUAAGAAGUGCACUCAUCGCUUGCACUCUCAACGCGACACGCACCCAAUCAACAAUUUUACUAUAAAUGACUAGAGACAAAAUUGACUUUGGCUCGAGACGAUGUCUUUUGACUUUGGAAGUUCUCUCCCUGGAGGACAUGGCCCUGCGCCAGUACCUGAGCGUCCUCGAGGGGGCCGUGAGUCGGAUCGCCUGCAGACAGACUGUGCACGGCUUUUCGCCCCAGUCGGCCACCCUUGCCUUGCACACCGAGUGUCGGGUCAGCAUCCCGUCGCCUCUUCGACAGCGCCUGGUUGACUUGGUGGUCGCCUCAGGGCGCAUUUACAACACCAUCGACCUUCUCCUCCUCGAAGUCCUCAUGGCUCCGGACAUCAAGCGGUUGUGUGUGCGGCAUGUUCGAAAAUGGUACCGCGAGCGUUUCCUGCAACUGCUGAAGUGCCGAGGCGGCGGACUCAGGAUGCUGAGCUUGGAGGACAUAGACGUUCCCAGAAAUGCCCUGUCGUCGGCUUUUUCCGCCCUGCCCUCGCUGAGCCACCUGACCCUGAGGUUUGCCUGCGACGACGCUACCCUGUGGCAGGUUGGAAAAGGCUGCCCCGUGCUGCAGGAACUUGACAUCGAAGGCUCGUUCAGGGUCACCGACCUCGGGAUCAGGGCUCUUUGUCUGAAGGGAAUGCCACUUCCGCAGGCUGAAGAGGCCAAACCCGAGGAUGGUGCAUUCGAGCUGGGAUUGUGGGAGAAACUGUGGUGCUGCAGGGCAAAGGAGGGUUUUGGGGACGCAGUGGUCGGCGUUUCAUGGUGGAGGGCCAGUCUGAUGCGCAGGUCGCGGAAGAACUUGUGCUGCUCAACCCUGACACUGCUGAACUUGAUUUCAACUAAUGUUUCCAUUUUGACGGGGGUGGCGCUUAUCAAGAAUAGCUGCCCGAAUGCAAAAGUGCUUAUUUUACGAGAAGAAUCUUGAACAGCUGUGGAGAUAGUACAAAUAAAUAAUUUUAAUUGUGACAUAGAA